AUUAAACAGUCGGUUUUAUUCCCUCGAAAGGAGAGGCGAGGAUGGGUGGGUGGGGAUGUGGAUGGAGGGGGAGGGUUCGGUUCUAGUUACACGGGUGGGACGGCAAGCACAAGGAGGGUGGGAAGGGGUGGGGAAUGAGAUCACAACAAUACAAACUACACAAACCACUGAUCGCUGGGUAGGGCUGACCCCCUGGUGUCCCGGGGUGGGGUGGGGCGGGACGGGAGGGGGGAGUGCGUACUCUCGUCCUGGGGGGGGGGACCCUCUGACCCCUGGAAGGGGUGGGGGAGUGGGUGGGAGGGGCCGGUGUGGACAGGAGAGUCGGGACAGAAGGAAGGGGUUGGCACAUCUUGCUCCCGCCCAGGUACACACGCAGCCACACUGUGCCACAGUGGGUCGCGCACCGGUCCAACGCAGGCCACGAGUGGUCGCGCGCCAGUCAAGCGCAGGCCACAAGUGGUCACGCGCCACUCAAAUGCAAGCCGUCAAACGCAGGCUGUGGGGAAUGUUCACUAGUCAACACAGGCCGUGGGGGAAUGCAGACCGGUCAAACACAGGCCACAAGUGGUCAUGCACCAGUCAAAUGCAGGCCACUGGGGUCUGCGCACCAGUCAAACGCAGACCACUGGGGUUCACACACCAGUCAAACUCAGGCUAUUGGGGGGCCACGCCCCAGUCAAACACAGGCCAUUGGGGGGUCACACACCGGUCAAACGCAGGCCGUGGGGGAAUGCACACCGGUCAAACGCAGGCCGUGGGGGAAUGCACACCGGUCAAACGCAGGCCGUGGGGGAAUGCACACCGGUCAAACGCAGGCCAUAAGUGGUCGUGCACCAGUCAAAUGCAGGCCACUGGGGUCACACAGUCAAAUGCAGGCUGCGGUGGGUUGAACAACAGUCAAACACAGACCACGGCGGGUCACACGCCGGUCCAACGCAGGCCAUGGGAAUCACCCCGGUUCUGUGGCGAGUCCAAACGCAGGGCCCCGGAGGCGGGCUGUGGCUCCGUCUGUUCGAUCCUGCUGAAGGGCGAGUCGACACCAUCCUGAGCUGGGCCCAGCCUGGGUGCCGUGGAAGGGGGCAACAACAUCCCAGAUGGGUGGGCUCCUUCUGCGACUGAUCUGGGGCUCCCGGAUCCGAGCCGGGGGGGGUGAGGGUGGUGGGGGGGGGGGGGGGG